AUGUGGUGUCACAGUAUUAGCACCCUGUGCUCGACGAAAGUUUCUUUUUGUCGUUCUUUAUUUCUUUCACCAUACUCCCUUAAUAUUUCUUUCUUUCUUUCUUUCUUUCUUUCUUUCUAUUCCAUAAUCUUUCUUUCUUUCUUUCUUUCUUUCUUUUUGCUUGCUUUAAUUUCUUUUUGUCGUUCUUUAUUUCUUUCACCAUAUUCCCUUAAUCUUUCUUUCUUUCUAUUCCCUAAUCUUUCUUUCUUUCUUUCUUUCUUUCUUUCUUUCUUUCUUUCUUUCUUUCUUUCUUCAUAUUCUUUUUUUGCUUACUUUAGUUUCUUUUUGUCGUUCUUUAUUUCUUUCACCAUAUUCCCUUUCUUUCUUUCUUUCUUUCUUUCUUUCUUUCUUUCUUUCUUUUUGCUUGCUUUAAUUUCUUUUUGUCGUUCUUUAUUUCUUUCACCAUAUUCCAUUAAUCUUUCUUUCUUUCUAUUCCCUCAUCUUUCUUUCUUUCUUUCUUUCUUUCUUUCUUUCUUUCUUUCAUAUUCCCUAAUAUUUCUUUCUUACUUUCUUUUUAAACUUUCUUAUUUAUCUUUAUUCUUUUUUAAUUAA